AGCCGACUCCAACCAAAAACCCUUCAAAACCCAACACCAACCUCUCCGAUGUCACCUGGCUCACCCUCAAACUCAAAGAACUACAACUCAAACAACAGCAACAACAACAGCAACAACAGAUUCUACCAACAGCAACAACAACAACAACAGUAUCACUUUCAACAACAACAGCAACAACUUCAGUAUCAAAAUCAACACCAGCAGUUCUUAUUCCAACAACAGCAACAGAACUACCAUCGGCAACAGCACUCACUACUACAUCAUCAUCAUCAUCAUCAUCAUCAAGCCUACCAGCAGAACACAAUCAAUCCAGCCAACCAACAACAACAACUCACACCCAGACUACAAACCAACCCAUCCUACCCUCAACCACUCAUCCACCAUCGACAGCUACAGAAGAACAACUCAUCCUCAAGCAAACAACACUCUCCAAACUACCUCAGAUCUCAAGCUCAACUCAUCCCAAACGGAAGCCCACUCCCAUUACCACCACCACCUAUCAUACCACAAACAGUCUCAACAACAACCAAUCAAUCAAACCGACAUCAUCAUCAUCAGCAGCAGCAGCAGCAGCAUCGUCAAAACCACCAUCAUCGUGACUCAAACCGUAGGAACUAUCGACAGUCAUCCUUCAGAACCAAUCUCACCCUACCUCACCAUCCAAGUUUACCCAAACCACCCAAUCCUGAACGAUCUCAAACCAUCCCCUUACUAUCACUCACCAACAAUCAAACUCAAGCUCACCAACAGCAACAGCAGCAGCAGCAACAACAACAACAACAACAUCCUCAUCCUCAUCAUCCUCAUCAUCACCCUCAACCAUCAACCUCAUCAACAACAACACCAACAACAACACCCACUUCUUCAUCAUUCUCAAAAUCAAAUACCAACAACCCAAACUCAUCAACUCACAUCCGCCACAUCCAUUCCCCCUCCACCUCAACCCUACAAAGCUCACUCCCACCGGACGAACAACUAGGGCUCGGUGGCCCUCAAGCCGCCGGAUAUUUCUCACCAUCAGCCAUCGAAUUAAACCCAUGGCGUGGUUGUUCCCCAUGUAAAUGGAAAGUUCCACUCCUCAACACCGGACUACCCAACUCUCCUGCAAGAGAUCAUACCAACCUAGCCACCAUUGAUGAGGAACUCGAUCAGACCCACUCUUCAGUCUCACACCUCGAACAAGAUGAAUGGAAGAUCCGCUGGGCAAAACUAUCAUUGGUAGCACAACAAGAAGCCUCACACGAUCAACUAAAACCUCAGAUAGCCAACCAACUUCAUUCCCUCAGACUCCAUUUCGUAUUUGACUCAGAGGGACAACAAUCAGUUCAGGGAUUGGUUGUUUGGGUCUAUGAGAUCCCCGGUCGACUCGGCCCAAAGCAAUCAUACGAGCAACCUCCUCCUCUAAUCGAUCCAAUACUCAAAACUUAUCAAACUUUUGAAAACCAUACUCCGAUCAUCAAUCAGCCAUCUCCAAUCAAAGCAUGUCAAUCCGUCAUCUCAUACGGCGUUCUAUCGUAUUCACAACUUUUUCCAAAUCUCUUCACUCGUUCUACCACCUCAAAUUCAAAGCCUCUCCUGCCACAUCUUUCUCAUCCGGCCAAGAAUAGGACCGCUAACGAUUUUCUUGUGGAUGAUUCGAGUCAAACAAAUACGAUACCUGCCUACGCUAACCUCCUACGAGCCCUCAACCAGCACAUCAUCACUCUUGCAGUCCAAUCCCCCGACUCGACCCCCUUUCCUGGUGCCUGUCCAACUCGCUGGAUUCGAUGGGGUCCCGAUCGCCUUCUCUCCGUCCCACGGGACGAUUCCUUAGAGCACCUCUAUCGUAACCUGAAUCGCGACUCAACUCGACUCAUGGGUGCCAUCCUGACUACUGCACCGGCUCUCGUGGUCGAAUUGAAAUCUUGGCUCAGCUCUCGGGUUGCAAUGUGCCAGCCCAGCUUCACCGCUCGGCGUCUGGCCCCGAUGCCACCCCUCCCCCAGCACAAUAUACCACCCGGCUUCCCUCUCAUCCUCGCUCCUUUCCCAAAUCUCCGAGCUCAGUAUGUCAGGAUGUUUGGAAGAUUCAACCAUUCUCUGGUCAGAUGCAAAUCAGGAACAAGCUCUCAAUCGUCCAACUUUUCAAGCACUCGUUCCUCAUGGCUCUCUGACUCCCCCUCAAUCCCCAAUGCAUCUUGGAUUUCACAGCAGAAACGGAUCUGCCGUGCCGAAUUGAAACAUUUUGAGAAACUCAAACAAACUUGGCGGCUCGCCGCACCCUUCAUGGAAGCUUACCCCGAAACUCACCCAACUUCGGCUACCAAUGCUAACCAACGGAACUUUGAGAGUUGGGUGGUUUGCAAGAUUACUACUAACAACUCGGAAGCAGUCAAUCCGGAAACCAAUGAUAGUCAAGAAAUCGAACUGGUCUGGCCCGUCGAUCAUUGUUUACUCGACUUGGAAAGCUGGAUCGAAAGUGCCGAGCAAAAUCCACCUCCUCCUCCUACAGAAUCCGAUCCACCCGCUAGUCUGACGCCUUCGUCCAGAAUAUGUUUCCCCCGGGCGAGGUUGGCCAACUCCUUGAUGAUAUCUGCCUACGAGCCCACGGAUGAGUUGGCAGAGAAUGCCGGAUCUUACAUCGAUUGGGUUGCUCAAGAGCGUGAACUUCAACGUCGAGCAGCCGCGGCGGCUGGGAAGGAGAAGACACCCCAGAAAACCGAAUCGCCUCCCUCGAUGACCGGCGGACGUGCAGGACUGGGACUCAAUCGAGGCAGAGGCUCGGGCUACCCUUCUCCCAGGUUCCAGCGUCACACCUCGACUUCAACCGCUCGUGCAUCGCCCGUUCCGCCUCAUCUCAUCACUCCCCGAAUGUCAAAGAAACGGCUAAGAGACGAUGGCGAUGACCGCUCGAGUAGUCAGAACUCCACCAUCUUCCCGCCCUCUAUCAUCCCCUUCGAUUGCGGUAUCGUCACCGCUUCUGACCGGGGAGACUCCGCAACCGUUGAUUUUGCUUCGAACGGUUUGAGUGAUGAGAACGGAAUGGAUAUCUAUCAUGACUCGACCGCUACCAACUUGCCCGAUCCUCCUACAUCACAACCACAAGAAGAAUGCUCAAUAUCCACCGUCAUCAGAGACGAACAACAACCACUGAGCAAUGACACUCUUCAUCAAUCUUCUAGUGUCGUCCUAGCUCCCUCAAGCCAGCCGGGUACUACCAGUUACCAGUUCGUGAGUGCUCAGCAGGGAUCUGGAUCUGGUUCAACAGCCUCGACAAUCUCAUAUAAUACCAAUUUGUUUGAACAGCCCACCCCUGGUUCGGUCUCGAUCUCGGGACUCACCCCUGGCCGUCUCAAUGGCUUUACUCCCGAUGCUAAUAACAACUUCAACAACAACUUCAACAACAACAACAACAACCAUCCAUCUACUCAAACUGCUCAUUACAGCUCACCGAUUAAUCAGAAUCAUCACUCGACCACCACUGAUCCUGCCGGCCCAUCUGAAGCCGACCAGUUGGCUAUCUCUGAGAACGCCCUCAGAACUCUAUCACUCAUGUCGUCCUCCGAUUCAGGUCCAUCGGACAAACUGUUCCGUUUUGUUGAGCCGGUGGGCUAUGAAUCGGUUCGUUUCAGCCACACUCAUACUGUGGUCGAUGAUCAUUAUACCCGUCGUGGUGGCAAAUACGCGUUGCCUCCCUCGCCGCAUUCCUUCAGCAGCCCAGAAGAUGAACAGGGAGACGAUGCGCUGGAUAUCGUAGACCAGGAAGUCUUGAGAAGAGCCCGUGGACCGCUCCUGGUGCACGUCUCAAAGAAAUUGAUGCGUGCGAUCGACCCUCGGGCGAAGGUUGCAAGGACGCUGUUCAACAGUGCCUUCCGGACUAGCGACUCACAACAGUCGUUUAGCCGUGCUGAGCCGCUGACGAGCUCUGCAAUAGCUUUAACCACCCAGGGGGGCACCGGGUACACCGAGUCACCCGCAACACCACGUUCAUGGGUACCCAUUGGAUCUUCGAAUGAUAGUUCUGAUGGCUCGACCUUCUCGGAAGACGAGGACGAGCCGGAUGGGAAUGAAUUUAUUCGGUCGAUCGAUGCCCGAGAUCGAGGAUCGUACUCCUCGACUACCUCUUCCUGCUCCUCUGAUGACGAGAGAAUCAUGGCCAUCGAUCGCGAAUAUCAACACGCGAUCGCGGCAAAGAUCGAACAGAUCGAAAGAAGCCUGAAAGACGUCUUGGAGAUCCAGUAUCGUUCUAAGUUCUUUUCCAUUCAGCCAUCAUCCAACCACAGUUCUCGACCUCCUCAGAAUCUCUCCCCCGAAGAUCGGACGAUCAAGCCCAAACACAUCCCCCCGGCGGUCAGGAAAAAGUUGAAAAAUUGGGUAUCUCAACUGGCUACCCAACUUGAACAUGACCCGAAUUUAGAAGUCUUGCUAGAAACCGUCUUACCCUCAACAUCCUCACCGAAAGUUACGACGAAUGAUACCAGGAAGACUACUGAAGAUUAUAGAGUCGUCUUGGAUUUGGCUUCUAUGCCGAUCAUCAAUGGAUUUGAUUAUUACAGACCUCUGGUGGAUGAUGAAUACGAGAUUCAAGAAAACCGAACCCAAAAUAGUACUACUCAGAAGAAGAAAGCAGAAGAGGAAGAAGAGAAAGAAGAAAAGAAGAAGCUUGGGAAACAACAGAUGAAAGUCAAAGAGGUAGAAGAGGGGGAUCAACGGCCCUAUCUGAUCAAAAAAUUCACCAAGGCACCCGCCUCGAUCGUCGUUAAAAUCAAUGAAGGCAAGCAGAAGAUCGCCUUCUCCCUGAUCUCCCAACUGUUUAAAUAUUGGAUCAAGCUCGGCUUUGAACCCGUCAGUGGCCAACGUGACUCUGUCCUCUCCGUCAUCUUUCCCAGACCCCUUCCUCGCCAUGCACAUCAGCCCAAGACAAACUCCAAGGACCCUUCCCUCGUUGACUCCGGAGCUGAGACCUUGUUUGUGAAUAGUCAACAGGAUAAGCAUCCUCUCUCACACCUCAAUCUUCCUUCUAUUCACCAUUGGUUACUCGAAUUGGCUCACACUUACAAGUCCUGUAGGCUAGGCGAACUCUCGAUCGGAAAGAUACACGAAAAGAUGAAGAGUCUGGGAGUAGGUGAGAGAGAGAUUGUGGGACUAGACGGGAGGCCGGUGACUCGGCUGCUGAUCUCACGCCACCAGCUCUUAGAUGACCGGCCGGCGAGUCUGAUCAGCUUUGCAAUGCGACUGUACGACUCGAUGAAGAUCCACGUCCAUCGGUUCACGGCCCCCGGCUUGAGUUUUGAUCCCUAUCUCACCCCAGCACCCAUCCGUCCAGGCGAGUGUCAACCCCCCUCUGAGUCGGAGGAUUCCUCCAGCGAUGCAGGAGAGCUGCCGGAUCGAGCGGGCCAACUGCACCAUUCCACCGACGAACACAAACAGCCCAGGACAGAUGGUCGGAGCCGGCAUAGACGACCAUCCGACCGCAAGUUACUCUCCGGCCAUGCCUUCUUCCUCACCGGGAUCCAGAAGCCUACCCAACUGAACAUCCGCUGGCCGCCAAGUGGGAUCGACGUGAGUGCGCGACACAGGAUGCUCCACAUUGGAUACCUCGUUGGCCCGCAACGCGCCUGGGUGCUCGUCAGCAUGGUCGACGAACUAGGUCAACAACAUCAGUUGGUAUUGAAGUUUCCUGCCAGCCCAGCCUCCUCCGACUCUUCCCUUCCCUCUCAUGCCCCCGCUCAGAAACAGAAAGCCUCAUUGUCGCGCGAGCUCGACGAGCAUCGCUUGGAAAUGCAGAUCGUCAGCUCUGUUUGGAAGGUCUCUCGCAAGAUCAUCUUGUCUACGAAUGUGGAAUGGAGAGUCGUGAUCACGAAAUUGGGUCGGAUCAAGCCCAUAGAAUAUGAAGCAUGGUGUGAAUUACUUUCGCAAACCUUGCCGGCGUCGGAGGUAGCGUUCCAUGUGACGUUAUCCUCGGUGAUGAUGAGCGACGUGCCGAUGUUACGACGGGUCGGGGCGGGAGAAGGGCCAUCGACGACGAGGCUGAGUACGACGAGACGUGAAAGUGUGACGGAGGGUGGCGGAGGAGGCGAGGGGGCGUCGGAUCUGGAGAUGGGGGAGGUGGAGGGGCCGGAGGAGGGGGAGGAGGGUGUGGGCGAUCGGGCGGAGGGUGUCGAGGAGGGCGGCGGGGGCGGCGGGGUGGAGAAGCUGGGCGGAGGGCCCGAGCCGGUCUGGGUCGUCCACGAGUCCACCCUCCGGCCCCACUCCAGCUUCGAUCCUCAAAGUCCGAGCUCCUCCAUGCCCCGCUCCGUCAACGCGACCAUCGUCCAUAGUCUUAGCUCCUCGUACAUCUACAGCCACCAGUGUCCCGUCAGUCCGGGCUCGCUCGACUCUUUCCCCUCCGGAACAACACCAAGCGGCCGCGGGGGCAGGUUCAGAGUGGACUUGUUGGGCACCGCCGCGUCUCCUGCAUCGGUCUAUCAGGCUAAUCUCUUCCAACAUCGCGAGGAAAUCGUCCACUCUCUCGUCCUUCUUUCGAGACUCAAGCACCUUCGAUCUUCUUCUUCUUCUUCUUCUCAGCAUCAUCCUUCUCAUUCCGGUCCGUCGGAUCGUCCAUCGACCGAUGUUGAUGUUGAUGAGGAUGAUGAUGAGACGAAGGCGGCGGGCGCUGAUCUGGCUCUCCUGCCCGGCCAUCUGAGCUCUCUCAUCGUCCUCGCCAGGCUCCUCAACUCCCAUCUCCAUCGGCUCUCCGACCUCUUCCUCCUCGAUCAGACUCAUCUUCCCUCAGCACUGCUCUCGCCUUCUGCUUUCAAGCAGCACGACCUCGAUGGCCAACUCGAUCCUUUCAAUCAUCAGCUGGACCAGUUGGAUCCCCUCAUUCUUCUCCACAAUUGA